CCCCGCCGCCCCCGCCGCGCCGGCAUGUCUGCGACCGAGGGCUCGAGUCGCGCGGCGGACAAGUCGCCGCGCCAGCAGGUGGACCGCCUGCUGGUGGGGCUGCGCUGGCAGCGGCUGGAGGAGCCGCUGGGCUUCAUCAAAGUUCUCCAGUGGCUCUUUGCUAUUUUCGCCUUCGGGUCCUGCGGCUCCUACAGCGGGGAGACAGGAGCAACAGUUCGCUGCAACAACGAAGCCAAAGAUGUGAGCUCCAUCAUUGUUUUGUUCGGCUAUCCCUUCAGGUUGAACCGGGUCCAGUAUGAGAUGCCCCUCUGCGAUGAUGACUCCACCUCCAAGAUCAUGCACCUGAUGGGGGAUUUCUCUGCUCCUGCUGAGUUCUUUGUGACCCUGGGCAUCUUUUCCUUCUUCUACACCAUGGCUGCGCUGGUCCUGUACCUGCGCUUUCACAACCUCUACACAGAGAACAGGCGCUUCCCACUGGUGGACUUCUGUGUGACUGUCUCCUUCACCUUCUUCUGGCUGGUAGCUGCAGCUGCCUGGGGCAAGGGCUUGACAGACAUCAAGGGGGCCACGCGGCCAUCCAGCCUGACUGCAGCCAUGUCUGUGUGCCACGGGGAGGAAGCAGUGUGCAGUGCCGGCGCCACGCCCUCCAUGGGCCUGGCCAACAUCUCUGUGCUCUUCGGCUUUAUCAACUUCUUCCUGUGGGCCGGGAACUGUUGGUUUGUGUUCAAGGAGACCCCAUGGCAUGGACAGGGCCAGGGCCAGGGCCAGGACCAGGGCCAGGGCCCUAGCCAGGAGAGCGCAGCUGAGCAGGGAGCGGUGGAGAAGCAGUAAGCAGCCCCCCAUCUGGCUACUCCUGAACAGGACAGCACCUCUUCAACAACCUCCAGCUUCCAAGACCUCCCUCUUCCUUCUCCAACUCCCCUUCCCCCAUCAUUCUGGGCUUUGAGCUUUGAGACGUCAUCGUGGAUGGAUGGGCAUCAGCUGUCAGAAACCCAGGGCAGCCCACCCAGUGGCUUCCUAUCCCUCCUUUUACUGAAGCCUCUGGUGGUAGGAGCUCAGUGCUCCUUGUCCACUGCCUGGACCUCAGCAUCUUACUUGGGAUCUUACUUGUACCUUUACAGCCUCUGAGAACGAGCCUCUACUGCAGGAGAGUUUGGGGCAGGAGACCAGAGUCCUGAGACCGGUUCCUAGCAGCCACUUCUAUCAACCUGUCGGCUUCAAUAAAAGUCAGGGGGGGGAGGGGAUUGGCCGGCAGCCUUCUUCCUGGUCUCUUGCAUGAAGAGCCCACCAGUGGUUUGGUGGCCCCUCUUCAAUGGCUGUCAUCUAAGCCUUGUUUCUGCCCUGAUCUCCUGUCAGUUGGAGCUCUCCUACUUUUUCCUCUGGCCCCUGCUCACCCACAGAGCCUAUCAUGUGGGAACCCAAGAGGCCAACUAGCCUAGAAAACAGCUCUGUAGAGGGUCCUGAUGAGGCCUGGACUCAGUGGGGAGCAGAUAUAUUGCAACUGGCUUGCAACUUCAAGAAACUGAAGCCAGGAAACUGUCUGGGGAAGCAGUUUCUUCUAUUCCCUCAAUCCUCCCACCCCUCCAGGCUCUGGCACUUUCUACCAACACUAGAAGCUCCUGACCUUCCUCCCUGUCCUCCUUCUUGGGCUUAGUCUCCCAUAUCGGACACAAGAUGAGGGGUCUAGGAGCAUCUCCAUCUCAGCCCUCCCUUCCUCCAGCCGCUCCGUCCAUCUCCCUUCCCCAGCCUCUUGGGUCUGAGGCAUUCAAGAUCCUUUUCCAUGUCUGUCCAGGCCUUCCUUUCAUUCCUGUGGGUCCAGAGAGGGCUUUGGAAGGGCCCAAAGGACCAUCACGAGGCUAAGUUGCCCCAGAGCCCCAGGACAUGGAUGGAUGGGCCCAUUUCUUCCUCAUUUCCCCCAAACCACAAUUCCUUCUUUGGCCUCUCUUUCAUACUUCUUUGUCUCACCUUCACGAAAGAAUGUGGCCUCUCGGUUUGCCCUCUGUCCCUCCCAGGCUCUAACCCUCUCCACCCCAACCCCAGUCCAGGGCAGGCCAAUGCUAUUGGUGCUUCUUCACUUUGGGACCCAGUUCCAUAUUUGUCUUUGAUGUGUCUCCUCUUUCUGACACCUCCUUCAGUCCCUCUCUGAACCCCAGGGCCUAAGAGUCAAUGCUGACUGGGAAAAGGCCAUCCAGCUCCUCCCCAACUCGAAGCACUUCAGUCUGCCCUGGCCAUCGGGCUGCUCAGGGAAGGAUGAAGAAGGAUGAAGAAUCCAGCCAUUUCCCAAUCCAGUGCCAAUUAACCGAUUUAUCAUCCCAAAGGUGAAUGUGCCCUGUGCCAAUUUCUCCUCAGGACGGAGACAACCCCUCCAACCUUCUCACCUCCCUAAACACCAUUCACAGUGCAGAUUACCAGGGUCCCCAGAGGACAGAGUCUUUGACUUUGGGCCAAUCAUUUCUUCUUUGGGUCAGAGUUUCCCCACUGGACAGGGGGAGUGUGAGAUUUACGUCCUCAAAUGCUCUAGAACCCUUCAGUGAAAGAAUUAGUUUUUUGUUUUGUUUUUAGAUUUUGGGGGAAGGGAUUUGAGGAGGGAAGAGAGGGGAUGGGGUUGAGAGUGUUUCUAAGUCUGAACCUCUCUCUGUCCUGAGCUGUCCCCAUGGUUACUCAAGAAAGAGGGGGGAACAGUAUUGCCUACAGCUCCAGAGACACAGAGAACAAAGAGGUGACCAUUUUUCUUAAGCUGGCCCCUGUGAGGGUCUGUGAGCAGCUUCUACUGGAACUUCGUUUGGAUUCUGUAUAUGUAUUUAUAAUUUAUUUGAAAUGUGAUGGAUAAAGUGUUCUGAUUUGGGGGCUGAAGUUAGCAACUGGCCCUUGAGCUAGGGGAAGGGGGGUGGGGUGGGUAUGCACUCCUGCCAAGGACUCCUAGCCCAGAACUCUUCCUAGAGCAGAGAAGGUUCUUUCUCCUCCUCAAGAGGCCGGCUUGUUCUCAUCCAGAAGGGCCUUGAUUUAGGCUAUGGCCUCAUUUUCCGUGACCACCCAAAGAGGAAAGGCUACUUCACCUCAUUACCUCCAGAUGUCUGGGCUAGGCCAACUGCUGAGGGCAGAGCUGUUCUCAUAGGACUCAUGUCCCCUCCAGUCAGGGCUGGCACCAAUGCAUUGCCUGGUGGGGCCUGGAGUAGGGGACUGAGUCUGGUUUCUCCAGAUUACAGGAGGCCAACAGGCAGGGAACAUGCCCUCUGCCCUACUAAAUGCUGACCCUGCCAGGGUGCCCGCCAAGGACCCUUUCUGAAUUUGCGUUCCCUCCAGUAUUAUGAUCAUAGGUCUCCUACUUCUGGGAUUGAGGAUCGGGGUGGGAGGGAGAAUGUUGCAUGUUGUUUUCUGGUGCUUGUUAUUACACAUUUGAAUAAACAGUGCUUCAAAGCAUUUGCCAUAAAGGAGCCAAGACUAGAACCCUU